CUGCAUCUGCAAAUGGCUACGUUCGCAGCGAAGGAUGCGGUGCACUACUUCUAAAGGCACUUCCCCGUCAAUCUACGGACCCUUCCACCGUGUAUGCAUGGAUUCGUGGGGCUGCUAACAAUCAUGUAGGCAGAAGCGCCAGCCUGACAGCACCCAAUGGCCCUGCCCAACAAGCUGUAAUCCGAUCCGCCUUGAGAGACGGCCGAGUUCAGUCGCCCGCAGAUGUAGCUGUUCUGGAAGCACACGGCACAGGGACGGCUCUUGGAGACCCCAUUGAGGUUGGAGCAAUUCGCGCAGUGUAUUGCAAGGGCUUUGUAGAUAGUCCACCCCUCAUAGUGGGUGCUCUAAAGUCGCUUAUGGGCCAUGCGGAGGGGGCUGCCGGCAUUGCCGGCCUCAUCAAGCUCAUUCUCGUGCUCCAACACAGAUUAGCUACCCCGAAUUUACACUUAACCGUGUUGAACCCCCAUAUCGAUGUUAGUGGAAGCGAUAAGUACAGAGGACUAAUGUUCCCCAGCAAGUGUAUUCCCCUCGAUGCCCUCUUCGGCAUUCGAGAUUCGGAGCCAUUGUUAGGUGCAGUGAGUUCGUUUGGAUUUGGCGGUUCGAAUGCACAUGCAAUCGUUGAGGUGAACCCAACUUUUAAGUCAACGUGGACGGACACCUGGGAGCAGACUACAGAUAAUCAAGAAAAGGGCCGCGCGAAAAUCAUAUGGUUGUUUACAGGGCAAGGGUCGCAAUAUUUGGAUAUGGCGUGCGCCUAUUUCCACCACAGUGCAAUAUUCAGGGGCAUGCUUGCUGAAUGCACUGCCUGUUUGAAGGAAAUGCAUUGGUUCCCGGAUAAUGGGCCCCAAAGCAUCGAGGAUAUGAUAUAUGGUGCAGGGGCGCAUCCAGAUCGAAAAGCAAUGGAGGAGCUGUUAAGUCAAACGAGGUAUUCGCAAGUCGCCAUUGUUGCAAUAGAGCUCGGUUUGAGUAAGGUUCUUGUGGAACGUGGACUGAUGCCAGACAUCGUUAUUGGCCAUAGCUUGGGUGAGUACGCAGCGGCAACUGUUGCUGGUGUGAUGGGGUGGAGAGAUGCGUUGCGCUUGGUUGCAAAACGCGCUUCAUUGUUGGCUGCACAGCCGAACCAGAACGGGGUCAUGGUCGCCUGUCGCGUCUCAGCUGCUGCAGUCCAGUCUGCACUUUCGACCGACAUGCGACAUUUGAAUGCAGUGGCAUUAGCAGGGGACAAUGCUCCUCAGAGCGUGACGAUUUCAGGCACAAAAGAGGACGUAGAUACUUUAUUGAGGCAUCUUGGAGUGUCGGAGGCUUCCAGGCGUCUGCAUGUGUCCCAUGCUUUCCACUCGCCGCUGAUGGCUGGAGCUGUCCCGGAGAUGGAAGCCAUUAUUUCGACAGUCAACCUGCAGCCAGCGUCUAUCACAAUUGCAUCGACAGUACGUGGACGAGUACUGGAACCGUCAGAGACUCAGGAUCCGCACUACUGGGGCGAACAGCUUACACUGCCCGUGAGGUUUAGAGAAGCCGUGGAGGCAGCUGUAAAGGCAGCUGACUCCGAUCACAUCGUGUUUUUGGAGGUCGGGCCCCAGCGGACAUUAGUCAACCUAACUGGGCAAAUUACCACUGCAUAUGAAGGUCUAAGUGCAGAGUUCCUGAACAUGGUUGAAAGGGGUGAAGCAGCAGAUGAGGAAACGCUGAUGGAGAGGCUGCAUCACUUCGAGCGCAUGUGCAGUUUUCCCGACACACAGCGGGGGAAGCACACUUGGAAUCACCAGGCCUUCGAAUGGAGAAAGGUUUCCCAUCCCCUCAUUGACAGCGAUGCUGCUGCCUCCUCUAUCGGGUCGGACAACGAAGCAGCUCAGUGCGACGCAAUCAUUCGUAGUGGUGUCCUUGAGGUGCUGAAAGAUCACAUUGUAUGGGGGACACCCAUCCUCCCAGGAGUGGCCUUCAUUGAUGCGAUGUUAGGAGCUGUCUUGGCACAGUCUGGUGCCAGACUUAGUGAGGAUGGCAUUGAGUUGCAUGAUGUUGCAAUAAUGCAACCAAUGAUACUGACUGAAGGUCCUGAAAAGUGGGGAACGAGCGUAUCAAGCUGCCCAACCAGUUAUAGCGAGGUGCGACUGACAAUGAGACUAGAGAAUAGGGGUGAACGCGCUUAUGUUGGUCUGUCAUCUAACCACACAGGGGGCGUCUCACCGGAUACAAACCUAUCGUCUGCAGUGGUACAUGCUGAGGGUUGGGUCGCCGUGAUGGACGAUGCAGUCUCUCAGAAGCCACCAACAAUGGAUAUAGGAGAGAACGCAAAGACUAUGUCUGAAAAGAUGAGCAAGAACUACAGUGCAGCUGAAGCCUAUCAAGAACUCAGAAGACAUGGACUUGAGUAUGGCCCCCGCUUCCAAACAAUUCACGAAUUAACUAUCGCAGGAACCUCCGCUCUUGUUGAACUCCGCUUCAUGCAUGAAGUAGCUGACUUUGAAAGUAGCUUCAUUUUGCAUCCAUCCAUUCUCGACGGAUGCGUACAGGCAGCUGUCCUCCUAGUCCUGCACCUUCUGCCAACCUCUGCAGCUCUCGUGCCUGUUGCGGCAUCGGAGAUAAGGGUUUGGGGGAGUACAACUCCACCACGCAGCUCGUAUUGGGCAAAUAUGGAUAUAGUUGGUGGGAGCAGCAGCCAAAUUUCAGAAUACGAGAAAGCCGUUGUGUCAAUUACGUUGGUGGACGACUCCGGUAAUGUAGUUGCGCAGGUUGGCAAAAUGCGUUUGCAACCAGUAGUGGAAGAUCAGAUUAUACCAAAGGAAAGGGACCUGAGUCGGGGCCUCCUAUGGGGAAUGAAGUGGGUUGAGACCAAACCGGUGCAGAUGCCUCAGAAGCCAGCCAAGCAACGGCGAGCUUUGCAGUGGCUCGCCUACGGACUAGAGACGGAGACUGAGUGCUCGAUGUUUCAGAGGUUUGAUCUAUCUGAGAACAACAGUGUGGAAUUGCAUUGCUGCUCGAAGGUAUUGAACAAUGAGGCGGGUGGUGUCAAAUUGGAGGAGUGGGACGCAGUGCUACACUAUGGCGGUGUGUGCCAGUGCUGGGACGGGGCAGUUGACUACACCGCAGACGUGCUUGCACUUUUACAGGGUAUUACAAAGCAUCUCGGUGCCGACGGAACGGAGCCCAUACCUCCUAUAGUCAUUGUAGUUGCAGGCGCCUUUGCUGUGCGGCCUGGGGAGCAGGCAGUUCAUCCACUCCUAGCUGGAGUUCGUGGCCUGUGCCGGACAGCACGGCUUGAAUUAGAAGCCGCUGCGAAUCGGCCAGUGCCUCUCUUGUUGAUAGAUCUUGAACCAACUGGUCAGAAGACAGCUCACUUCACAACCGACAUGAUUCAACAGGUCGCGUCAAUUUUGCGGUCCUAUCAUACUACUCCGUCUCGUCAAGGCUUCGCAGCAGGUGGGAGGCAAUAUAUUAUGACUGAAAUUGCUGUUCGCGGAGGCCGCACUUUUACUCCACAGCUUAGGUUCAGUGACAUCAGGCUCCUGCAGACCGUUCGGGCAGGGAGCAGCAUUGGGCAGGGCGAGACAUGUAUAAUAACAGGCGGGCUCGGUGGCUUAGGUCUCGUUGUAGCCAUUUGGCUUGCAAGAAAAGGUGCGAAGACGAUUAUUCUGCUCUCGAGAACAGGAAUGCCUCCGCGGGAGGGAACUUUGGCCCAACUUUGGCAGCAGCUUACAGAGCAGUGCAGAUGCACACAGGUUAUCGUUCAACAGUGUGACGUUGCCCGUGUUUCUGAGGUCGACAAGCUGUUUGCUUGUAUGCAGCAGGGAUAUCUGGUUUGCAACGUGACGGGUCUCCUGCACUUUGUGGAGCCUUUAACUGGAAUAUUUCAUAGCGCAGGUGUGCUCAUGGAUAAGCCGCUGCCGCAGCAGGAUCGAUGCUCUGUGGAGGUGGUGUUCAAGCCAAAGGUACAGGGAGCUUGGAACCUGCACAACUGCCUUGCAGCACGAGGAAUGGAAAAGGAUCUGAAAUACUUCGUUCUGUUUUCGUCCUCUGUGGGGCUACUGGGAAACGCUGGCCAGGCAAACUAUGCCGCCGCUAAUUGCUGCAUUGAUGAACUUGCUCUGUAUCGACGUUCGCAUGGACUGGCUGCCCACAGCAUUCAAUGGGGUCCAUGGGUAGAACAAGGCAUGGCGGCACAGCUGCAAGGUCGCUUUGCAAAGACUGGCUUUGGGGGUAUAUCGAAUGCUUUAGGCUUGCUUGCCCUAGAUGCUGUGUUGCAGCAAAAUACGGAGUCAGUCGUAGGGUGCCAGCCACUGUAUUGGAAUCGUUUUCUCCCGCGAUACAGGUUUGUCACGCCAAGAUUCCUUGAAGAGAUGGGAACCCUAGAAACAAACGCCUCUAAGACACUUGUUACCACGUCAGCCGUUCCUAGUGGACCUCGCCUAGAGGUCGCGCAGCAAGCGAACAAAGGGAAACAAAAGGACAAGCGAAAGCAUAUUCAACAGGUCGUCAUGCAAGCCGCAAAGUCCGUCCUCAACGAUGCAGCAGGCGUAACCGUAGAUGCGCCUCUACAGGAACUUGGAAUCGACUCUUUAGGAGCGAUCGAAUUCCGCGAUGCAAUUCAAAGUGCACUACAUGUCAGGCUCAGCGCCACGGUUUUAUUUGAUCAUCCAACGGUUGACGCGCUGACGAAGUUUCUUUUGCAGGACCAUGGCGAAGAAGAAGCUGCGGAGACCUCCUAUCGUACAGGCAUUGAGCAGGUAACGACUUUCGAGUCUUCGCCAGGGGUGGAAGCGGCAGUAGUAGGGAUGGCAUGUCGGUUUCCAGCGUCUGAGGACAAUCCGCUGGGCUUCUGGCAAACGGUGUCAGCAGGAGUGGAUUGUGUGUGUGAUGUUCCACUUUCACGAUUCGAUAUCGACGCAUACAACCGCGGAAUGGCUGGCGAUGCUGGCAUUUAUACGCGCGCUGGCGGGUCAAUUAGAAAUUUUGACCUUUUCGACUGCCAGUUUUUUUCCAUUUCCACAUUGGAGGCGGCGCAAAUGGAUCCACGACAGAGGGUAUCCAUGGAGGUUUCCUAUGACGCCAUGUUUGAUGCGGGAGUUGAGCGAGGGGGGGCCGAUGCAGAGGCCACAGGAGUCUUCGUUGGGUCGAUGAAUCACGAAACGGCCUUGGACGGGGGAGUCUCUGCCACUGCGUACACGGUCACAGCUGCCCAUAUAAGCAUAUUAUCCAACAGGAUUUCAUAUGUUAAUGGAUUUUCUGGGCCAAGCGUUACUCUAGACACAGCGUGCUCCUCCUCGCUUGUUGCACUCGAUUUUGCGAUUAGCUACAUGGCAACGCAGGC